AUGGACAGAUACGCAGAGACCACCGUCACUACCGAGUACGACUCUGUGGAUAGCGAUGUCAGCUAUCCCACCAAUGACCUUGAGUACCAUGCGCAUGAUUGUCAUGGUAGCCAUAGGAGGCGUCCCGAGGUAGCGAGAAGUGGAAGAAAGGCUUUCAAGGAGCCAAGUCCCCACAGAAGGAGGUCACCAAGGAGUAAGCUUCGUGGCAGAAUGCACUGUGGCUGCGGUGCUGAAGCCGUGGUGGAACUGUCUGUCGACGACACUCUGGAUUCUGAAAACGAUUACGGCAUGAGGUUUAACCACGAGGACAGACACUCACGCUCUUAUGCAUGUCAUCACACGCAGCAGGCCUCCAUGGCCACGGAAAGGCCAAGAAGAUCAAGAUCAAGAGAGGUGGAACCCCAAGUCAACAAAAAGGGUAGAGCCCCCAAGCGGACGGUGGAUCCAUACAUCGAAGAGUACCCGGAUGAGCCAAACCAACCAGUGACACCUGCACGGGAUUACAAGGCCCGCGAUCGACGGUUCUCGACAACUGACUCCAAGAGGUCUUCUCGCGACAUGGAAAAGCCAUCAUCAACAAUUUCUGCUCGUUCACGGGCUAGAACCGUCACCGACUCAAAGAGGUUGUCACGAGAGAUGGAAGAACCUGUGGUACCUGUUUCAACUAGUCAUCAUCGUGGCCCUUCAAUCUCCGAAAUAAGAAGACUUACCCGGGAUAUGGAAGGACGCCCGCGUUCCAAUUCGAGGCAUCCUCAGCGCGGGACCUCAAGAUCGGACGCUAAGAGAAUAUCACGAGAACUGGAGGACCGUGGCGGCUCAACCGUGUCUAGUCGCUCCCGAGGCGGCUCUCUAAUCUCUGAUACAACGAGGUUCUCUCGAGAUAUCGAAGAUCGUGUGUCAUCUGUCUCGAGUCGUUACCAAACAGGUACCCCCGUUACCGAGAAGCGCCGACCAGAAGGCGGUUCAUCCGUGUCGUCCAGACGUUCGAGACAAAGUGCGAUGUCAACUGCCAUGCCUCAGGAUCAUCCGAGAAGGUAUUCUGAGCUUGCUGAGCCACGCCGCUUCGUUGAUCAUCUUUCGGAUUCUGAGCAGGAAAGCACAAUGUCGAAGCGUACUGAAUCCACCAUAGGCCGCUCGCGAUACGAAUCGUCAGCGAGAGAUGUACCCAAAAGUAUGGCUCGAAGGGGCUCAACGAGAGCUGGGCAGCGACCUUCACUCCAAUACUCGUCAACCUGGCCCAUGCGGGCACCAGCACUUCACCCAGAUGGCGACCAGUCCUCUCGUGGACAUAACUACGACAGCACCGAAGAUAGCGACUAUGACUUCAUCAACGACCCACGAUUUGAUCCUGUCACCCACCGGAUCAUUCGGCCAAGCCCUCCACGUGCGCCUUCACCACCUCGCGCCCCUACCCCUCCUAAUAUUAGCUCUGACGUCGAGCCCGAGGUUGAUGAGUACCCAAGAUCACGGCCAUCUCGGGAGCCCAAGGAGUCCAGAGGCCCGAGGUUGAAGACAGUCCUCAGCAAGGCCAGCCUCAACGCCUUGAACAAUGAAGCUCGAACGUCCACUGCUACUGAUCUCUGUGAAGUAUGGAGAGCUCAUCCGGAGGACUGGGAGUCCCCUUAUUCUUCCCUCCAUCUUGGAAGUGCGGGUGAUGUGAGACCAGAAUCUAACAACGAGCCGAUGAUGAUGUUGGAACUCGAAAAUGUUGAAGGUGAAAAGCCUGGUAUGGCGCUUGAGCUUGCUUCCAAAUUUCUUCUAGCGAAAGAGGCUGAAACUGCCGCACGCGAGCCCGACUUUUCGCGUGGCUCAUCUCCCGUGUACGGCAGCCAAGAUCCGCGGUCCAUGGCAGAUACUAUCAAGGCAGAUCUGAUGGCAUUGAAUCUGUCUCCUACUACGCCUACGCAUUCUGGUCCACCUUCCAGACCGCCCUCGAGGUGGAGCACCACAGGUGCUUAUGAGUUCCCGUUGACUCCGCCUUCGAGAAGCAUGUCACCAUUGUUCCACACUUGGAGGAACAGGGAUCGGUUGCCUUCCAAGCUCGACGAGAAUGUGACAUCUGAUUAUGAGAGUUGGGGUAGCAGUAGGGAGCCGAGGAGUAUGUUGGCUGCUGAUUAUCAAAGCAGUGUAGUCAGUGGGUGGUAG